ACGUGGACAGACCAGACUAGCAGAUCAUCGAGUGUCUCAGCCACAACUAAUCUACACCAAAAAGAAAAACAUGGAGCCUCGCUGUUUGUACAUAGUGCUUUUUCUGUUCCUAUUGAGUGAAUCCGAGACAUGCCUGGCUGAUAAAGGAGCACGAUGGCAGAAAUAUCUCACCCAGGUUUCUGAGGCCACCAAAAACUACCGGUCAUGCAGUCAGGAGAACUGCAGCUGCCACAUCAGUGUCCUGAAGAAGGACCUGAAGCCGUUCAGCAGCGGCAUCACAAAGGAGCUAGUGAUGGACACGGUGCGACGUGGUGUGGGCACACAUUACCAGAUCAUCAAGCAUAAACUCUACAGGGAACCAGAAUGUAUGUUCCCAGCAAGGUGCAGUGGAGUCGAGCAUUUUAUGCUGGAAAUGAUUAACAGGUUGCCAGAUAUGGAGAUGGUAAUCAACGUUCGUGACUAUCCUCAGGUGCCAUCAUGGGUUCAGCCCGUUCUCCCCGUUCUAUCCUUUAGCAAGACGCCAGACUAUCAGGACAUCAUGUAUCCUGCCUGGACAUUUUGGGAAGGAGGACCUGCAGUUUGGCCCAUUUACCCAACUGGACUUGGUCGCUGGGACCUGAUGAGAGAAGAUCUGAAAAAAUCGGCAGCUCGGUGGCCAUGGGGGAAAAAAAGCUCCAAAGGUUUCUUCAGAGGCUCUAGAACAAGUCCGGAGAGAGACCCGUUAAUUCUGCUGUCCAGAGAGGAGCCGAGUCUGGUGGAUGCCGAAUACACUAAGAAUCAGGCGUGGAAAUCCGAAAAGGACACUCUGGGUAGAACCCCAGCUACGGAAGUUCCCCUGGUUGAUCACUGCGAAUAUAAAUACCUCUUUAAUUUCCGAGGCGUGGCAGCCAGCUUUCGCUUCAAGCACCUGUUUCUUUGUGGCUCUCUGGUCUUCCAUGUAGGAGCGGAGUGGCUUGAGUUUUUCUAUCCUCAGCUCGAGCCCUGGGUUCACUACAUCCCAGUGAAACAGGACCUCUCUGACCUCAGGGAGCUGCUGCAGUUCGUGAAGGAAAAUGACAAAACUGCAGAAGCCAUCGCACUAAGGGGCCAGAAGUUUAUCGAGGAUCACCUCCGUAUGGAGGACGUGUCUUGCUACUGGGAGACACUUCUGACCGACUACAGUAGACUGCUCAAAUACAAACCUAAACGCAAAUCCAGCUACAACCAGAUCACUCGCAAACCCGACAGGUCUGAACUCUGACCUGCACAAGCAUGUGACAUGAAUGUCCAGAAAACGAGUUACUCAUUGUUUCUGACUCGACUUUGAUUCAAAACUGAUCAGGUGUGUUUCACUGUAGUUUUUUUUUUUUUUCCUCCCCACUGAAGACACCUACUGCCCCCUUCUGGGUGAAUAAAUAAGACCAACACACACACACACAUGCACUUAGAGUUAAAUCCCUUUAUAAUCUUACUGUUUAAAACAUCAGUUCAUCAAGUUCAGUUGUAUUAGAGCAUGAUUCAUACAAACCUUAAUCUUAACCAUCCCAUCUUAGCCAAAAUUGAUCACUCCUGAUUAUAUGUGUCAGUGCAACCACCGGGAAAUUGAGCUAUAGGGCCUCACUUGGGAGAUAUAAGUAUCUACAGUCAUAAGGAAAGUGCCACUGUUAUGUCAGAGGGAACAUUAUUUUGCCAUUCAUGACAUCUUGAAAAUCAUAUCUACAUCCUUUCAUUUAGAUGAUAUGAUCUAGAGCCACAUUGGCACGACAGUGUUGAAUAUGUUCUAGUAUUCUUCAAUUACAUCAGCAAUAUGUGGGGUUUACAUUGUGCUCCAGUUUGACUGUAAACAAUGACAACCUCAUAAUGUGAAGUGUUUUUUACGGUCUAAUUUACAUUCAUUUAUUCAUUUCAAUGUUCAUGCAUUUAAUUUUAAGACCAAAUAAAAGAUAUUUUUCAA